UGGUAUCCCCAUAAAAAGUUUGUGAAUGAAAAUGGACAAAUUUGAUGAGCUUUACCAGUGUUUGAAGGAAGGGAAAGAUCAAAUAUUGUUUCUUUGAAUGGAAAAUUAGUAGUGCUUUUAAUCAAAGAAUGGACUUCUCACUGGUUGAAACUUGAAUGUUCUUAGCGGAACUCUGAAGCAAGGGAUCGAAAUGAAAGCAAGCAGGGGCAGUUUGGUGGCCAAAAGAUUUAAUCCUGUAAAUUGGAGGAGAGAGGGAAGCCUUGACUCUGGUUAAUUAUAUACGUAAACAUACAAAGAUGAGUCGCAGAAAUGGUCCCAAGCUUGAGUUGAAGCUGAACCUAUCACCUCCAAGGCUUAAUCCAAGAGUGGAAUCACCAAGCCGAUCAGCUAUCGUGUCACCGACAUCUCCUCCAAGCUCAUGCGUGUCAUCAGAGAUGAACCAGGACGUUGACACUAGCACUGUCAGAUACUCAAGCAGCCCUGAGACAACAUCAAUGGUGCUGGUAGGGUGCCCAAGGUGCCUGAUGUACGUGAUGCUGUCAGAGGAUGACCCUAAAUGCCCCAAAUGCAAGAGCACCGUUUUGCUUGAUUUCCUCCAUGAUACUACUGCCACUAACAAGACUAGAAAGAGUUAG